GUCGUUUAUUAAAAUCAUCAUGAACACCAACUUUUGAAAUCAGUUGCUCGAUGCCGGAAGAAAAUAAUAUUGAAUGGAAAUCGCAACUGGUGAUCAGAGCAGCUCAUCAGCUUCCCAAUCAACAGGUAAUGGACAGAAGCUGCUGAAUGGAGGGGGCGGAGACAGUGAGACAGGUGUAUUGUCUUCGUUUGGGGGUGGAGUUUCUAAUUUGGAGAAUACAGGAACCGUCCAUCAGUCGAGCCACGACUUCCUGCUGAGCCUGAUGGAUCAUGACAUCAGCGUCGACCAAUCAGGACCAGACCACGCCUCUUCGAGCUCUUCUGACCCAAUCACUGCCCAGCUCUCUCUUAGACUCCUCCCUCUCAGCAGCCCAGGGAGAGGUCGGCGACUCGCCGGACGUUAACGGAAACGGCAGACAGACUUUGCUCACGUACACACACUCAGCAGGAGGGGCGGAGUCAGCGACAAGUCUUCACAUUGACCUCACAGCUUCAGGUUCAGGACUCGCUCAUGAUGUCACAGAGUCACCUGUCGUCCUGCACACAGACACACUGCACACAGUUUCAGGUUUCUUUGAUUCCCACACAGACCUGGUAACUGUGGCAACAGACUCUACAGCUACAGACUCUACAGCUACAGACUCUACAGCUACAGACUCAGUUUCAGACCCAACAGGAACUCCCCUGGACUCCAGUCAUCCAGCCCUCACAGAUCACACACACACAGCUGGUCCAAUCACUGAACAGUACAACCCAUCUGGUCAGGGUCCUGAAGGUGCAGAAAAUGUGGAACUGGAGGAUACCUGCUGACUUCCACAUCAAGCCGCGAGUUCGAUUCCUGCGCUACCGAUUCCAAUGUACCGACCAAUCAGCAUGGCCCAGGAAGUCAGACCCCUCCCACUAGGAGUAGCCCCGCCCCCUGUGGACCAGCGCCCCAUUGGUGUUUUUGUAUUUAAGUUUUGUUCAUAGACGUUCAUGUUAGAUAAAUGAGUUUAAUACCUGAAGAGGUGUUACCUGAUGACAUCACACAGGAUGUGACAUCAUCUUCAACGUCAGCAAU